AUGCGGUGGGAUUUAGUGUGUGGUCAGUACUGGCUGGUCCCAGUCGAGGAGGUGUCCUUCAUCCUGGGUGUUCUGACAGGAUGCCUGGGACUGGGCUUUGCUGCUGACAGACUGGGCAGGUUGAAGACACUGCUCACCUCGCUAACCCUCUCGGUGGUAUUUGGCGUGCUUGUGUGCGUCUCUACCUCCCCCCCUAUCUUUAUUGUCAUGCGCUUUUGCCUGGCUGCUGCUAGUGCUGGUGUCUACCUCACGCUUUACAUCACACGUCUUGAACUCUGUGAUCCCUCACUGCGUCUCCUGGUCACCAUGGUGGCAGGACUAACUACGGUUUCUGGGGAGCUGCUGUUGCUGGGUGUUGCUCUGUCUUGCCAGUCCUGGAGGGGCUUACUCGGAGCUGGGGCUGCACCACUCUCUCUGUUCCUCACCUAUGGUAUUCCAGGAGUAUUUCCUGAGUCUCCUCGCUGGCUUCUUCUCUCUGAGAGAUCAGCUGAUCUGAAUUUCUUCAGUGAAAGAAGAGAUAGAGAGAGGGAUGACGAGAGCUUCACAGAGUUGGACUCGGAGCCGUCUCCCUCUACUUACCCCCACCUGUCCUUCCCAGAGCUUGUACACAGCAGGAACAUCUGGAAAAACAUGUGUGUGCUCGGCUUCACCUCGUUCAUUUCCCAUGGCAUUAGUCAUUGUUACAGCUCAUUUCGGGGUGAUGUCAGAGGCACUGCCCCCAGCUUCUAUUGGACCUAUCUGCUGUCCGUCUGUGCUGGAGGAGGGGCCUGGCUGUUGUUAUGGGCAACCGUGAACAGGUGUGGUCGCCGUGGUAUCCUGCUCCUCGCCAUGACAAUGACAGGGCUGGCAUCUCUGAUUCUCCUCGGACUGAUGGAGUAUCUAAGUGAGGCGGCCAUCACUGUGUUCUCAGUGAUGGGACUUUUCUCCUCCCAGGCGGCUGCCUCUCUCUGUGUCCUCUUCACUGCAGAGAUCAUGCCCACCAUCAUCAGGGGCAGUGGCGUGGGCACGGUGUUGGCCCUGGGCUGCGUGGGCCGCCUCACCUCGCCCCUCAUGGACCUGCGCAACCACUACGGCUACUUCCUGCACCACGUGGUGUACUCCUCCCUGGCCCUGCUGGCCGUGCUCUCCAUCCUGCUGCUGCCCGAGAGCAAGAGGAAACCCCUGCCCCAGACGCUGGCCGAUGGGGAGCAGUACCGACGCCCCCCGCUGGGCAGGAGGAGGAGGGACAACGUUCCCCUGCUGGCCACCCCCAACCCAGAGACCUAGCCGCCCAAACGUCACACAUCAGUCAUAACGCCAGCCCAGAGUGUCACCAGGUCCAUGCUGCAGAAAGGAAGAUGGGUGAAAAUGAAGAGGGAGAAGUGCUGUCUGGUUAAGAUGGUUGUGUAGAGAGCCAGUGAAGGGAGAUGGUAGAAUCAACCACACACUCUACUCUUCCUAACAUAUAAUUUUCUAGUCAUUCCUAACACAGGAGUGUGGGUGGGGCGGCCAUACGUCGUUCGUCUGUCUCCAUUUCUGCCAAUGAAGUGAGUGUGUGUGUGUACGUGACUGUGUAUAUGCGCACGCGUAUGUGUGGCCCUGGUCGGAUGGCGGCGUGGAGAGUGCUCGUCAUGCAGUGACCUGUCCCCCCCACCUUUCCUAUAAGGCCUGCGUGUCAGGGAAGGGCAUCAGCUGCUUCAUGCUUAUGCUCCAGAACGCCCACCUUUGAUGUGUAUGAUCUGACAGAGCAUGGCAUCACACACAGCUCACAGAGGCAGAUCUACUGCCCUGUAAAUACCAUAAACCUAGUUUCUUUAACUUAAUGAAUGCUGGCUUAUCUGUUGAUAAAAACAGUAGGAGUUUUGUUACAUAGUGCUGGAUCUUGGCAGAGUGCUUUUGUACUGUGCAAAAGCAUGGCACUUAGCCAAGAUGAUAGAGCACAUCUGUCUACUGCUCUUAAAGGCAAUGGGGAAAAUAAUAUUGAUCGACUGAAGAUGAAUUGAGUAACGUUAUAAUAGAGAGUAGUUUGAGGAAACGUUGUGAACUUGCAUCAAAUAAAUAGUAAUAGACGUCCUCCUACAAUCAGUUGAUAAAAAA